AUGCCGCUGUGUUGUGAGUGCCUGAGAUGUUGCGGAAGAAGAGACCCAAGGCCUCGUACAGUUUGGCUCGGCCAUCCAGAAAAAAGAGACCAGCGGUACCCUCGCAAUGUGAUCAACAAUCAAAAAUACAACUUCUUUACAUUUCUCCCUGGGGUGCUGUUUAACCAGUUCAAGUAUUUCUUCAAUCUUUACUUUUUGCUUCUGGACUGCUCUCAAUUUGUUCCUGAAAUGAGGCUUGCUGCACUUUACACGUAUUGGGUUCCCCUGGGGUUUGUUCUUGCGGUUACCAUCAUCCGAGAAGCAGUGGAGGAGAUCAGAUGUUACAUGCGCGACAAGGAAGUAAACUCCCAGAUCUACAGCAAGCUCACAGCAAGAGGAACCGUGAAGGUGAAGAGUUCUAAUAUCCAAGUAGGGGACCUUGUCAUUGUUGAAAAGAAUCAGCGAGUCCCUGCUGACAUGAUCUUCCUGAGGACGUCAGAAAAGAAUGGAUCCUGCUUCCUUCGCACUGAUCAACUGGACGGUGAGACAGACUGGAAAUUACGUUUGCCAGUUACCUGCACACAGAGAUUACCAACAGCUUCUGACCUUCUUCAAAUUCGAUCCUACAUUUAUGCAGAAGAACCUAAUAUUGACAUACACAAUUUUGUGGGGACCUUUACCAGAGAGGACAGCGAUCCUCCAGUAAAUGAAAGCUUAAGCAUAGAAAACACCCUCUGGGCCAGCACAGUGAUUGCUUCAGGUACUGUUGUGGGCGUUGUUCUUUACACAGGGAGGGAGCUGCGCAGUGUUAUGAAUACUUCAAAUCCACGAAGUAAGAUUGGGCUAUUUGACUUGGAAGUGAACUGCCUGACCAAGAUCCUGUUUGGAGCUUUAGUGGUGGUCUCGCUUGUAAUGGUGGCUCUCCAGCAUUUUGCAGGCCGGUGGUAUCUUCAGAUCAUCCGAUUCCUCCUCUUGUUUUCAAACAUCAUUCCUAUUAGUUUACGUGUAAACCUGGACAUGGGGAAAAUAGUCUAUAGCUGGGUGAUCCGUAGAGAUUCCAAAAUUCCUGGGACAGUGGUUCGAUCCAGCACUAUUCCAGAGCAACUCGGAAGGAUCUCCUAUUUGCUUACAGACAAAACAGGAACUCUCACGCAGAAUGAGAUGGUUUUCAAACGACUUCACCUUGGAACAGUAGCUUAUGGUCUGGACUCUAUGGAUGAAGUACAGAGCCAUAUAUUUAGCAUAUAUACACAGCCACAAGACCCCCCUGCUUUGAAAGGGCCCGCUCUAGCCACCAAAGUACGGAAAACCAUGAGCAGCCGGGUUCAUGAGGCCGUGAAAGCCAUUGCCCUCUGCCACAAUGUGACGCCAGUGUACGAGUCUAAUGGCGUGACGGAUCAGGCUGAAGCUGAGAGACACUAUGAAGACUCAUGCAGGGUGUACCAGGCUUCCAGUCCAGAUGAGGUGGCCCUCGUACAGUGGACAGAAAGUGUAGGCUUAACUUUGGUUGGCAGAGAUCAGUCCUCCAUGCAACUGAGGACACCUGGUGGGCAGAUACUAAACUUCACCAUCCUCCAAAUCUUUCCAUUCACUUAUGAGAGUAAACGUAUGGGAAUCAUUGUUCGGGAUGAGUCAACAGGUGAAAUCACUUUCUACAUGAAGGGAGCGGAUGUAGUUAUGGCAGGCAUCGUGCAAUACAACGACUGGCUGGAGGAAGAGUGUGGUAACAUGGCAAGGGAAGGCCUGAGGGUUCUUGUUGUAGCCAAGAAGUCCCUGACUGAGGAGCAGUACCAAGAUUUUGAAGCACGCUAUGUCCAGGCAAAACUAAGUGUGCAUGAUCGCUCAUUGAAGGUGGCCACAGUGAUUGAGAGCCUGGAAAUGGAGAUGGAGCUUCUGUGUCUGACUGGAGUGGAGGAUCAGCUUCAGACAGAUGUCAGACCCACCCUGGAAACCCUAAGAAAUGCUGGCAUUAAGGUGUGGAUGCUGACAGGGGAUAAGCUAGAAACAGCUACAUGUACAGCAAAGAAUGCACAUUUGGUAACCAGGACCCAGGAUAUUCACAUAUUCAGACUGGUGACCAACCGUGGAGAAGCCCACUUAGAGCUGAAUGCGUUCCGUCGGAAGCACGACUGCGCGCUUGUGAUUUCUGGUGACUCAUUAGAGGUGUGUCUGAAAUACUAUGAGUAUGAGUUUAUGGAGUUGGCUUGUCAGUGUCCAGCAGUGGUCUGCUGCCGAUGCGCCCCAACGCAGAAGGCCCAGAUUGUGCGCUUGCUCCAAGAAAGAACUGGCAAACUGACCUGUGCAGUAGGUGAUGGAGGAAAUGAUGUCAGUAUGAUUCAGGAGGCUGACUGUGGUGUUGGGGUUGAAGGAAAGGAAGGAAAACAAGCAUCCCUGGCAGCAGAUUUCUCUGUCACUCAGUUUAAGCACUUGGGCCGGUUACUCAUGGUGCAUGGAAGAAACAGUUACAAAAGAUCUGCAGCUCUCAGUCAAUUUGUGAUCCACAGGAGCUUGUGUAUCAGUACAAUGCAGGCUGUUUUCUCCUCAGUGUUUUACUUCGCUUCAGUCCCUCUCUACCAGGGCUUUCUCAUUAUCGGGUACUCCACAAUCUAUACGAUGUUUCCAGUGUUCUCGCUAGUUCUGGACAAGGAUGUUAAAUCUGAAGUUGCCAUGUUGUACCCCGAACUCUAUAAAGAUCUUCUUAAGGGACGACCUUUAUCCUAUAAAACAUUUUUAAUAUGGGUCUUGAUAAGUAUCUAUCAAGGUAGUAUCAUUAUGUAUGGAGCACUUCUGCUGUUUGAAUCUGAAUUUGUUCACAUCGUUGCUAUUUCCUUUACAUCUUUGAUCCUCACCGAGUUGCUGAUGGUAGCACUAACAAUCCAGACAUGGCAUUGGCUUAUGAUAGUGGCAGAGUUGCUCAGCCUCUCCUGCUAUAUAGCCUCGCUGGUCUUCUUACAUGAGUUUAUUGAUGUUUACUUCAUUGCUACCUUGUCGUUCUUGUGGAAGGUCACAGCCAUCACGCUGGUGAGCUGCCUUCCCCUCUACGUCCUGAAGUACCUGAGACGGAGAUUCUCGCCCCCAAGCUACUCAAAGCUCACUUCAUAGGGCUCAUCUGCUUAGGAAGCAGGCGUUUUGCACACUCCUGAGAGACAAAAAAAAAUCACGUAUUUGUUCUAACAACAACUACAACUGAUAAUUGCAUUAGGAUCAUGCAGUAACUGGCAUUAUGUGCUGCUUUGAUGAAAAAGACUUAACUGCAGUAAGUAAAACCUAACAGAAAAUGGAGUAUUUGGGUGAAGGUGAAGGCACUUGGUAGUUUCUUCAGUUUUUGUAACUUUUUGUUUUGUUUAGUUGGGGUCAGAUGCAUGUAACUGCAAUGAUUAGUUGUUCAUGCGUAAGAUCAAAGUAUCUGAAAGCUGCUAAAUAACUGUUUAUAUGUGGUGAACUCCUUUUUUAGUUUAAUUGGGUUUUUUAAGUGUCUGUGAGGUUUCUUGCAUUGUACUAUGUUUUAUAUUGUUAUUUAUCUGCUCAGUUCAGGUAAGAAAUUCAUGGGGAUUCCCUUCAUAUAGAUGAUUAUGCUGUUUUCUGGCAGCUGACUACAGGUUGGAGUCAGACUGUUCCAGGUGUAGGGCUCCAAAGUUAAGGAUAUUUAUCCAUAAGUGAAAAAUUGAACCUAGCCAAGCAUGUGUGGGUUUUUUUGUUUCUUUUUUUAAUUCAGUGAAAAUGAAAGAGCUGAACUCAGUGAAUGCAGUGUGUUUUGACGGUGUCUAACCAGUCAUAUGCGCAGAGAAGGAUUAUUGAAAAAAAAGGAAAAUUCCAUUUUGUUUAGCCUUUGUGCUUCCUGGUAAAAGGAACUGGUGACAUACAAAUAGCUAUACUGGAUACUUAUACUAUAAAGGCAAAUUACUAAAAUUAAAGCAAAGCCUUUUGGAAGGAAAUUUGCAGCUGAUCAGCUUUUAAAUGUGUCGACAGUAUGAUAAGAGACGCAUAAUAUUCUGCAGGCAAUGUGGCAGACAUGUCUUGAAUCCUUGGAGACCAAAAGGAAAGGUCACAGAGCUGCUACUCCUCACAGUUGCAUAAAAAUCUGUUUCCUGUUAGGAUGAAUUAAUAAAGAUGAGCUGCAAAUAAGCCUAGGCGUGUGUGCAUUUGCACGUGCGUGCACGCGCGCACACACACACACACACACACACACACACACACACGCACGCACAGUUCAUGACGCAUACAGAGAAAGGCAAAAGUUCCACUGCUAUUGGAAUGGUUUAAAACUGGACCUUAUCUAAGAGGAGACAAGUCUUGAGAGCUUGCAGAAGUUGAGCCAAUGCAACCUAUAUUUGCUCUACACAUCAGUCUAGCAUGAUUUUUUUUUUUAACUUGGGGUGGUUUUUGACCCAUGUUUUAUUUACAAAAAGCCUUCAUUGCAGCUGGAGACAAGAGCGUGUGCUUGGAAGUCUCAGGAAGAUGGCAGGGAGCUAAUGGAGCCUUCAGCUGCUGGCUCCUUGGGUCAUUCAUGGCUCAGCUUUAGUAACAGUCAUUCUCAUCUAAUACUGUUUAGUCUGUAAUAAGUGAGUUGUUUGAUCUCUGUCUGUCCCGUUCCUAGUGGAACAGUGUCUCCACUUCAUAAAAACCACCACAGUAAGCUGGCACUAAAUGGCACCCUUGUUGGUAAGCUAAGCAGACAGGCCAGGAAUGAGUGAUCCAAGUAGUCUGAACAUCCUACCUCCCCCACCCCCUUGUCUCUAGAGGCAGUCUCCCUAGGUCUGGGUGACUGUUCACUUUGGGAGCAGCAGGCACGCGCUCUCUGCUGUACCUUUUUGAAGGAUUGCCAAGCUCUGUUUCCAUUGCUGCAAAUUUGGUGCUUUGACAGGCACUAAAAUGAUAAAUAAAAUUCUCUGGUGUACAAACCUGAAUGCAAAAUUGGAGCAGUGUUUAAAAUGAGAGCUAGUCUGCAGUGACCCACACCUCCGUCUUUGAUUUUCAGCUAUAGAAAGCUGUAGUAUUACUGUAUGUAACUGGCUCACUUUGCUAUGAAGUCCACAGUCUCUCUGCAGAAAGUGCUGCACAACCUGGCAAACCUCCCCAGAGGUAGGGUGGGUAAAUGCAGGUCCAGCGAAGGACCACAUGAAGCAAGUCUGGAAACCCCAAGGAGAGGGGAUAGCAUGUAUACCACUCACUUCACAGCAUAAAUGACUGAAAAGUGUGCACAGGCAGACAAGGUUCUUUGGGUGAAAAGUGUGCACACACUUUGCAAAAACUCAUAAAGCCCUGCCUGUGGAAAAUCACUCUGGAGGGAGCCAGCUUCCCCGGGGAGAUGUGUGUAAGUCAAAGCAGUGUCUGGGACAUUCCCAAGGGGGUGUGAGUCAGGAGCUGCCACCUUUCCGUUCUGUGGAGCCAAAGGCUCUGUAAACCCUUGCUGAAUCUGGCAUGCUUUCAGGGUCCCCCAACUUUCUAAUAGCCUGCUUCUCUUAGGAGCCGUGCUAGUACCUUGCUAAUCUGUCAAGCCCUGCCAGCUUCUCUGAGGCUCAAAGUAUAUGGAGCAAAAGCUGGUUCUUCAGUGAGAAACAUACUGGGUUUGUAAGACAGCAGUUCAGCAUUACCCUCUCCAGAUCAGUAGUGCUGCCACCCCACUGAGCUAAGCUGUAGGAAGUACAACAGGCUUUAGAGAAAAAGGUGUGGAGCGUGCACUGUUGGCUCUGUUUCCCUUCCCAUGUGUUUUACGGCCCUUCUGCACCUUCGUCCCUACUCCAUUGCUCCCCUUCAUGCUGUGGAAGGAAAUACAAGGUCGUAGGUGUUCAGUAGGUUCUAUGUAUGGCCAUUUUGCUAGGGUAUAAAUGAAGGAUUUAGGUGGCAGUACGAGAUGGGAAAUGCAGUCUCCAGCACUGCUGGUUACAAUAGUCUACUUUCUGCAUGCUUGGUUUGGAGUGUUAUGUUUCAAGGUCCACAAGGAAUAAGAAUGGCAAAUGCUUUUUAAUGGAAAACAGUGGCUUUUUUGUGCUACAUUGUUUUGAUUUGUCUUUUCUCUGGUACUGCAUAAAAGCAGAAUACUGAGAAGCCUAUCAGCUAGCUGCCAUAAUCAUUUCAUACUCUGUUUUAAAAAUUCACCUUAGAGCCUCCUUACAAACUUUUUCCAAAAAAAAAAUUCUACUCUAAAUGUAGAUAUUUAUCAUGGGUUUUGGAGGGCAGCUUUAAUAUCAUAAACCUCAGAGAGGAAAUGCAAUGUCUAAAAAGUCCUCUUGUGGAAGAAUUGGGUUAUUGGCUUUUUGUAAAUUAUACCUGUUCACCCAAAAGAUUCUUAAUGUUGUCCUAAUUGUGACUUGUUGCGGUAACUGGAUAAUGUCAGUCUUGCAAAUGCUGUAGUAUUCCCAGACCACCAGUACUUAUUUAGUAGAUUUAAAUGUAAUAAUCAAGAAAUUAUUUUUAGCAGUUUAGUGUGGCUGACAAUUCAAGUCUCUUGUCCGUUGAAAACACAUGACAGUAUAUAUCUCUGUAAUAAUCUUAUCCCCAGUAGAUGUAUAUCGGUAGUUAAAUGUCCUGCAAGACUAACAGUGCCAUGCUACUGUAUGUGAAUUAUUUGAAGCAUAUAUAUGGUAGAAUUCACUGUCUCCUGGAGUCAAAGCAGUUUACACUAAAUGGACCAUAUUAGCAAAAUUGGAGCUUAUGCCAACAAAUAGUGAUUUGUUAUUUUUAUAACGUUUAUUGGCACUAUAACCUUAAAAAUAAAAUUCACAUUUAGCAAUAUUGACAAAUAAUUAUGAGCAAAACCUAUUCUCACAGAAAGCUAAUAUUGUUUAAUAGCUAGUUUCUUGUGCAGACUUAUUUGGCUGGGAAGUAUUCCUCAUUCAGCAUAAGUUGUAUUUUUAAAGCAAUCGGGAAAAGU